ACCACCAUGACCUUUGCAGAAGCGCAGUGACCGACAGACUUGUGACGCGCGGCCCUAUCUCUCUCUCUCUCUGUUGCCAGACCUGCCUGCGACACCCGGCCUGCCCGACGGCCCGGGAGAGCAGGGACACAGUAUUCUGCCAGAUGCGACGUGCCAUGGACCUCAUCCACUACGUGGUCAAGGACGGCGUGCUGGACUCGGCAGCUCAGCUCGCGCACAUCACCAGCCAGCACGGCGGCGCACAGGGCCCGGGGCUGGUGUACAGGGACCCGGAGCUGGGCUGGCUGACGCACAGGUUGAGCGUGCUGAGCCGCAUCGGCCGCGGGGCCGGCGCGGACCUGGUGCGCGAGUACCGCGCGUGGUGGAGGUUCUUUACCUCGUCGCUGCCGCGUAGCGCAGCCGCCACGCUCGCCGCCGCCUGGGCGAUCAGUGAAGAUUUCAAGUGCACCCAGUUGAACCGGAACUGGGUCUGCAUCGCUCUAACAAACCCCGCUCUUCUGCCCGCAGGGUCGGCGAUAGAGAAGCUGUGCGAGGCUGCGCUGGGCGACUCGCCGGCUGACAGGGGCGCGGUGGUUCGGGCGGCUCGCUGCCUGCUGCAGGCUGUCACCAGGGUACUCCUGCUUGCGGACAUCGUGGUCGUGAAGCAGCUGCUGCUGGCCAAGGACAAGGUCGCGCGGAGCCUGGGGAGGCUGGAGAACGUGUCCAACUUCACCGAGUUCGUCAAGGCCUUUUCGCACUUUGGCGCCGAGAUGGUGGAGCUGGCCUACCUCACGGGCGACCGGCAGAACGACACCAAGGACGAGCGGCGGCGCGCGCAGAUGGCCGCGGCCAGGCAGGUCCUGGACCGCUCCACCGUCAUGCUGCUCGUGUCCUCCAAG